ACGGCGCCAGCAAACCUCUCUUCAUUUUCUGAUCAAACGCUCGACACCGAUCAUUCUCAUCCAAGACUGAUUCUCUAUCGCUUCUUUCUUCCUCCCAAGCACUGAGUCGUUCCUUCGCAAUGCAUAUUCGACGAAGACCUCAGAGAUAGUCUAACCAUGCACAUCAUCAAGCCGAUCUGGCUGACCCAUGGAGGCGAGAAGAAGGACUUCGAGGUCUACAGUUGCCAUGUCUCCCCGGAUGGCCAACGUUUGGUCACCGCAGCCGGAGAUGGCUACGUACGAAUCUGGUCGACCGAAGCAAUCUACAACGCCACAAAUGCAAAAUAUGACAAGCCGAAACAGCUUGCGUCGAUGAGUUACCACUCUGGCACAAUCCACACAGUGCGCUUUUCACCCGGGGGCAAAUUCCUGGCUUCUGGGGCGGACGACAAGAUUGUUUGCAUAUAUACACUCGACCCAAGUCCGCCGAGUCAUGCUGCAUUCGGUUCAAAUGAGACACCUCCGGUGGAAAACUGGCGCAUAUUUCGCAGACUGAUCGGUCACGACAAUGACGUGCAAGAUCUAGGGUGGUCAUACGAUGGGACGAUAUUGGUAUCGGUCGGUCUGGACUCCAAGGUGGUUGUAUGGUCGGGCUUUACCUUCGAAAAGCUCAAGACUUUGCCAAACCAUUCCAGCCAUGUCAAAGGUAUCACUUUCGAUCCGGCGAACAAGUACUUUGCCACAGCCAGUGAUGACCGAACGAUCCGAAUCUUCCGAUUCACUUCUCCCACUCAGAACUACACAACUCACGAUGCUAUGAACAACUUUAUCCUCGAACAGACUAUUUCUGCUCCAUUUGUCAAUUCCCCGCUAACCACUUACUUUCGGAGGUGUUCAUGGGCACCUGAUGGUCAACACAUUGCAGCCGCCAAUGCGGUCAACGGACCCGUGAGCGCGAUCGCUAUCAUCAAUCGAGGAACAUGGGACGGUGAUACCACAUUGAUUGGUCACGAGGGACCGGUGGAAGUUUGUGCCUUUUCACCUCGACUGUAUGGUGCAGAACCAGUGGGUCGAGCCCUACCCGAGGGCCAUGUAGCUCCGCACACCACAGUUAUUGCCUGUGGAGGAGCGGACAAAUGUCUGAGCAUUUGGACUACGAGUAGCCCCCGACCACUCGUCGUGCAGCAAGAUGUGGCAGGAAAAGCAAUCUCUGAUAUCGUUUGGAGUCCGGAUGGCCAAACCCUGUUUGCCACCGCUUUGGAUGGCACAAUCUUGACUGUCAUGUUCGAACCAGGAGAACUAGGUUAUCCGAGACCGGUUGAAGAGAAUGACCGAUCGCUUAGUAAGUUUGGUACUUCGAGAAAGGGUCUUGGGUUUCCAGAAACGACCGACGCUUUACUCCUAGAAGAGAUGAGCAAGGCCGGCGAGUUGAAAGGCGUCGAAGGACGAAUGGGUGCGCUGAUGGGUGACUCACACUCAUCUCAACCUGCAGCAGCUACGACAAUACCAACGACAAACGGUACCACCAUCACAGAAAAUCUGCCCAACGGAUCUGAACCUGCCGUCAACGGUCAUUCAGCAGCAAAGCAGGACGAACAGAAUCAGGCGAAGCUCGAAAGACUGAAGAACCGGGUCGAAAUCACUAAGGAUGGCAAGAAAAGAAUACGACCCUUAUUGGUGUCUGGGGCUGGCGGAGCCGAGUCGUCUUUGCCGCAGACGAAGCUUGUUAGCGCAACUGCAAAUAUUCAGGGAACUGUGGAUGCGCCGCAGUCGAUUCUCGAUCUUUCGAAGCCAUUCGAUGGUCUCCCCAAGGGAGGCCUAACAGCCCUGCUUCUGGGGAACAAGCGAAAGUACGCGCAGAUAGAGGGCGAGGAGGAAGGGACCACUGAGAAACGAGUUGUCGCUUCAAGUCAAAAAGGCGCUACACCAAUUGUCGUUAAUGGCGCCGAUGGUUUGCUUCCAGCACAACCUCAACCACCAGUGACGGGACAACAGGUCGCUCCAGAAUUCAUCCGACCCGCAGUAAUCAAUCCGGCACUGAGUGUCAGCCAGCUUCGUCUUGCAGUCCCGAAAGUCAGGUCACAUAUUGUCCAAGGCAUCGAUUCCUCCGGCAAGCCUGCUGAUGCUGGUGGCGAUGCUAGCAAGAGACCAGAGUUCGUCUUCGAAGCUCGAAAUCCUUCCGGCCCAUCCCUAACACCCCGAGCCCAAGACCGAGAACCUAGCCGCAUCACACUCACACGGAAGGAUCAGCCACUAUGGCAAGAUUUCCUACCUCGCCCUGUUCUCUUAGUGACCGGAAAUCAGAACUUUUGGGCCGCGGGAGACGAAACAGGCGCCAUCUAUCUUUGGACGCCGCAUGGCCGACGGCUAAACAGUGCUCUGGUCAUGGAAGCGCAGCCUGUUAUCCUGGCGUCGUACGACUCCUGGUUGCUCUGCAUCACAGCAGUUGGAAUGUGCUAUGUGUGGAAUGUCAAGACCAUGUCGUCACCUCAUCCGCCAGUAUCGCUGGCGCCUGUUCUUGAUGCGGCCAUCCAUUCUCUGGCAGCGCAUCCCACAGGGGCACCCGCAAUCACACAAGCUCGGCUAAACUCCGAGGGUCGAGUGAUCAUCAGCUUGUCGAACGGAGACGGCUACGCGUAUUCACCCCAGAUGUACUGUUGGCAGCGACUGUCGGAAGUAUGGUGGGCGGUCGGAAGUCAGUAUUGGAACACUACCGAUUCAUCCGUUGGCAAUGUCCACCCGUCAAAAGCACAGAAUGAUGUCGAGAGGUCUGUCGAUGUGUCUGCAGGUAUUGUUCCAUGGCUGGAAAAGAAUACGACUUCAGAAACGUUGUUACGCGGACGGGCAUACUUCCUACAGCGGCUAAUCAAGGUGCUAUUGUCCAGAGAAGGGUUCGAGAGUUUCGAGUCUGGAGUGUCAAUAGCACAUCUUGAAAAUCGCAUAGCUGCGGCGCUAAUGCUAGGCGCAAAGGACGAGUUCAGGAUAUACCUGCUGAUGUAUGCGAAGCGACUAGGCGCGGAAGGGUUGAGACUGAAAGUUGAGGAGCUCCUGCGGACACUCAUUGGGGGUAUUGUGGAGCAGCCGGAUCAGAAUGGCGAGAGUGCUGCAGCCAAGAUGAAUGUUGUGGAAGGUCGGAACUGGCAAGAGGACUCCAAGACGAUCUGUGGGUGGCCGAGAGAAGAACUCCUACGAGAUGUUGUCUUGAUACUUGGGAAACACCGCGAUCUGCAGCGGAUCAUUGUGCCUUUUUCGAGGAUGCUGCAUAUUGUGGCUGGUGAAGUCGAGGAUCAGGACACGAUGGCUUCGUGAUUGUGCUGAACUCAGGGAAUCAGCGUGUUUCAGUCUGGAGAAGGCGACUCUUGGGCCUGGCUGAGUGUUUGAUGACAGGAUUCCUUGUAUGAACAUUGCGACAUAGCUGGCGGCGUAGGAGGUCUUGGAAUUGGCGGCACUUCAGGGUAUUGCUAGGGAAGCGCUCCAAUGCCACGACUUGCGGUGGGCUAUUUUAAACACAGUCGCCCUUAUUGACGACGGCAGAGAAAGAUGAAACGGUACGGAAUGAGUAAGUCACUUC